CUCUCUCUCUCUCUCUCUCUCUCUCUGUGUCUGGCUUGUGGGCGUGUGAGAGUGUUUGAUAUUUCUAAGCCUUUUGUGUUCCAUGAUGACGAUGAUGGCCAUGGUGGUACUGACGAUUCUGUGUGGCGUAUGCGUCUCUUUGUUAAUGAAAAUUGCUCAUGACACUCUCUCUUGCUACUUUCUAAACCCGAGACGCAUCAAGAAAAUCAUGGAGAGGCAAGGAGUGCGUGGCCCCAAACCCCGGCCUCUAAAGGGCAACAUCUUGGACAUGGCCUCCCUCGUUUCCAAAACUACCUCCCAAGAUAUGAACUCAAUCAACCAUGACAUCGUCGGCCGCCUUUUGCCACAUUACGUGGCGUGGUCCAAACAAUAUGGAAGGAGAUUUAUAUUUUGGAAUGGAGUGGAGCCCCGGAUGUGCUUGACGGAGACCCAAUUGAUAAAAGAGUUUCUCUCCAAGUACAGCACCACCUCCGGUAGAUCAUGGCAGCAGCAACAGGGAUCCAAACAUUUUAUCGGCAGAGGUUUAUUAAUGGCUAACGGAAAAGAUUGGUACCAUCAGCGUCACAUCGUUGCUCCGGCUUUCAUGGGAGACAAACUCAAGAGCUAUGUUGGCAACAUGGUGGAAUGCACUAACGAGAUACUCCAGCAACUGCAAAAUAAGGUAAAAUCAGGCGAAACAGAGUUCGAAAUUGGUGAAUACAUGACUAAUCUCACUGCCGACAUAAUUUCUAGAACCGAGUUCAAUACAAACUCUGACAAGGGAAAGAAAAUAUUCAGCCUCCUAACAGUUUUGCAACGUCUCUGUGCCCAAGCCACUAGAAAAUUGUAUCUGCCCGGAAGCCGGUUUUUUCCAAGUAAAUACAACAGAGAAAUAAAGUUAUUGAAGAUGGAGGUGGAGAGGUUAUUGAUUGAAAUAAUUCAGAGCCGAAAAGACUGUGUAGAGAUUGGUCGGAGCAGCUCGUAUGGGAAUGAUUUGCUGGGUAUGCUGCUUAAUGAGAUGCAGAAAAAGAGAGAGAAUGGGUUUAGCUUAAAUUUACAGCUAAUCAUGGAUGAAUGCAAAACAUUCUUCUUUGCUGGACAUGAAACCACUGCCCUGUUACUCACAUGGACCGUCAUGCUACUUGCUAACAACAGCUCCUGGCAAGAAAAGGUUCGUGCUGAGGUUGAGCAGGUCUGCCAUGGUCAAACUCCCUCUGCUGAUCAUCUCCCCAAGCUCACCUUGUUAAAUUGGGUGAUAAACGAAACUCUGCGGCUUUAUCCGCCGGCAACGGUUCUCCCUCGAAUGGCCUUGGAAGAUAUUAAACUAGGCGGCCUGCAUAUACCAAAGGGUCUAUCAAUAUGGAUCCCAGUGCUUGCAAUUCAUCAUAGCAAAGAAUUGUGGGGUGAAGAUGCAAACGAGUUCAACCCGGAAAGAUUUGCUUCCAAGUCAUUCACGCCUGGCCGGUUCAUCCCUUUUGCUGCUGGCCCCAGAAAUUGUGUUGGCCAAGGUUUCGCCAUGAUGGAAGCUAAGAUCAUAUUAGCCAUGUUAAUCUCGCGGUUUAGCUUCACCAUUUCAGAGAAUUAUCGCCAUGCUCCUGUUACUGUUCUCACAAUAAAGCCUAAGUAUGGGGUUCAAGUAUGUUUGAAGCCCUUAAACCCAAAAAAAAUAUACUGAUUUUGAAGCUAAAGAGUUUGUGUUUUUGUGAGAGAGGUUGCUAUCAUGAGCGUUUUGAUAAGGUUUAUCAUUGUAAUUUUUUCUACCUUCUUUUUUUUAUAGAGAUAAAAAGGCAGUACUUAUGCUUGUAAGAGUUACACACAAAGGAAUAGAAAGGU